CCCACCCAGCACCACUUCACAAAUACCGCCACCAUGCAUCUUAUGUUCGUCCCCGACCCGCAGAACCCGGCCAAGCGCAUCUACACGCUGAAGAAGGUCAUCGACGGUGACGUCUCCAAGAGCGCGCACCCGGCCCGCUUCUCUCCCGAUGACAAGUACUCGAGGCAUCGCGUUACCAUCAAGAAGCGAUACGGCCUGCUUUUGACGCAGCAGAAGAACAAGGUUGCGGAGCGAUCGUAGAGAAUGUUUAGACCGAUGCGUGGGAUCAAUGAGGGAGAGAGGGAAGCGCGCGACGAGACAAGACGAAACGCGGAGUGAGGGGGGUUGGGUUGAGAGUCUUGAUGGAUGUGCGACCCGUGAAGAUGAGAAGGAAGUGGAAAAGGUACGGCACGACACGGCACGGCGUUUUAUGGCGUAUGGGCUUGUUGUAGACGAGAAUUGCAUCAUGGCUUGGUCUUCUACGGCUACGGCUGGGAGCUUCGCUUGAGAUAUCACAACAGCGUCAAGAAUCGAUUCGAAAAUGUUCAGUUGGUAUGUUCUGUGUGAUCUGCGUAUCUUUUACAGUUUGCGAUCGAGGCAUGCGAUAAUCUCUCCAACACCGCUGCUGCUACUGCGCUGCCGCCACGCCUU